AUGGCUGAGGCUGGCGCGGCCGGGGCGGGAGCCGCCGCCGCGGCGUCCUCCGCCACCACAGCAGCCGCGGUCGGCGGCGGCGGCGGGGGAAACGGCGGCGGCGGCGGCAACGGAGCGCUGCAGCAGGGCUCCCCGGCCGCCGGAGGGCUGGCCGCUUGCGGACCCGUCCGGGCUGUGGUCGCCGCCGCCGCUGCCGCGACUGCCGAGAGCCCCGCGGCGACGGCUGCUGCUGCAGCGGGAGGUGGUGGCGGCGGCGGCCCGGGCAGCGGCGGCCCUGGCUCGGCUCGCGUCGUAGGGAAGAAGGCGCAGCUCCGCGCCGCGCCGCGCGCCAAGAAGCUGGAGAAGCUGGGCGUCUACUCCGCCUGCAAGGCUGAGGAAUCUUGUAAAUGUAAUGGCUGGAAAAACCCUAACCCACCUCCAACUCCACCCAGAGCAGAACUACAGCAGGCGGUUGUGAGUCUUAACGAACCAUGUCGUAGCUGUAAUCACGCACUAGCUGCUCACGUUUCCCAUUUGGAGAAUGUAUCUGAAGACGAAAUGAACAGGCUCUUGGGGAUUGUGCUGGAUGUCGAGUAUCUCUUUGCCUGUGUUCACAAGGAAGAAGAUGCAGAUACCAAGCAAGUCUACUUUUACUUGUUCAAGCUUUUGAGGAAGUGUAUAUUACAGAUGGGAAAACCUGUUGUAGAAGGAUCUUUGGAGAGCCCCCCGUUUGAGAAACCCAGUAUUGAACAGGGAGUUAAUAAUUUUGUGCAAUACAAAUUUAGUCACUUACCAUCGAAAGAGAGGCAAACGAUAGUAGAGCUGGCUAAAAUGUUCCUGAAUCGCAUCAACUACUGGCACCUGGAGACACCUUCCCAGCGAAGACAGAGGUCACCUAAUGAUGACAUUGCCAGCUACAAAGUGAACUACACAAGGUGGUUGUGUUACUGCAACGUGCCCCAGUUUUGUGACAGUCUACCUCGAUACGAAACCACACAAGUUUUUGGGAGAACACUGCUGCGCUCUGUCUUUACCGUCAUGAGAAGGCAACUCCUAGAACACGCAAGACAGGAAAAGGACAAGCUUCCACCUGAGAAACGAACGCUAAUACUCACACAUUUUCCUAAGUUCCUGUCCAUGCUGGAGGAAGAGGUGUACAGUCAAAGUUCUCCUAUCUGGGAUCCAGAUUUCAUAGCAUCUUCUUCUCGAAGUGCCCAGCUAGGCAUCCAGACAGUUAUCAGCCGCCCCCCUGUGGUAAGGUCUGUUCCUUACAGUGCAAGCCCCUCCUCUCUAGAGCAACCCAGUGGUGGAAGUAUGAGUCCUGCUUGCAAGGCUGCUUCUAGUCUGGACCCAAAUCUAGGGGAGAAGAGAAAAAGCAAUGAGCCUUAUUCCGUGGAGGAUGCUAAGAAGCCAAGAGUUGUAGGAGACAUUCCUAUUGAACUCAUCAAUGAAGUGAUGUCAACCAUUACAGAUCCAGCUGCAAUGCUCGGUCCAGAGCAGACUAAUUUUCUAUCUGCACACUCAGCCCGGGAUGAAGCAGCGAGGAUGGAAGAGCGCAGGGGAGUGAUUGAAUUUCACGUAGUUGGAAAUUCCCUAAAUCAAAAGCCAAAUAAGAAAAUCAUGAUGUGGCUGGUUGGCUUACAGAAUGUAUUCUCACAUCAGCUACCCAGAAUGCCGAAAGAGUAUAUUACUCGUCUCGUCUUUGAUCCGAAACACAAGACCCUUGCAUUGAUCAAAGACGGCCGUGUGAUUGGCGGCAUCUGCUUCCGAAUGUUCCCGUCUCAAGGAUUUACAGAAAUAGUUUUCUGCGCUGUGACUUCUAACGAACAAGUCAAGGGAUAUGGAACUCACCUAAUGAAUCACCUGAAGGAGUACCACAUUAAGCACAAUAUUCUCAACUUCCUCACAUAUGCAGAUGAAUAUGCAAUUGGCUACUUCAAGAAGCAAGGGUUUUCAAAAGACAUAAAAGUACCAAAAGCAAAAUACGUUGGCUAUAUCAAGGAUUAUGAAGGAGCAACUUUAAUGGGAUGUGAACUAAACCCAAGGAUCCCUUACACCGAAUUCUCAGUCAUCAUUAAGAAGCAGAAAGAGAUUAUUAAAAAGUUGAUCGAAAGGAAGCAAGCUCAGAUUCGGAAAGUUUAUCCUGGCCUUUCUUGUUUCAAAGAUGGUGUACGGCAGAUUCCCAUAGAAAGCAUUCCCGGAAUUAGAGAUACUGGCUGGAAACCAAGCAGUAAAGAAAAAGGUAAAGAACCCAAAGAUCCAGAUCAGCUUUACAGCACACUAAAAAACAUUCUACAGCAGGUCAAGAGCCAUCAAAGCGCUUGGCCAUUCAUGGAACCAGUGAAGAGAACAGAAGCUCCUGGAUAUUAUGAAGUUAUAAGGUUCCCCAUGGAUCUGAAAACGAUGAGUGAGCGACUGAAGAACAGAUACUACGUGUCUAAGAAGUUAUUCAUGGCAGAUCUGCAGCGAGUCUUUACAAACUGCAGAGAGUACAACCCUCCUGAAAGUGAAUACUACAAGUGUGCCAAUAUAUUGGAGAAAUUCUUCUACACAAAAAUUAAAGAAGCUGGGUUAAUUGACAAGUAAUCAGUCCUUCUCUCAUGCAAUCAAGAUGCCUAAUUUAAGAGCAGAAUAUGCAGUUGAUCUUUGAAUAGAAUUGAAAUUUGUGGUUUUAAAAAAACAUUUUAUUUACUAGCACUUUUAAAACAUGUAAUAUAGAAGAGUUUAUUUUAUUAAAGUUUUUAAAUGUACACUUGCAUGCCCUUUUGCAGUGUAUUCAAUAAUACAUUUUUAUUAGAAGUAUUGCACAAACUGUUUGGGGAUUUGAAAAGGGAAUUUUUUCCAAGCAGUGAAUGUUUAAGCUUAAUGUAAUGCAGUAUCAAAUUGUAAAAUAGCUUUUUAUUUUUUACAAAAGAUGCUAAUGAAGGGGGAAAUGAGUUUUAUAUAUAUUUUAAUGAAACACUCAAGUAAGAAGGUGCUAUGAAAGAGAAAUCCUCUAAGAUACACAAACCCCAGUAGGUUCAAACUUUCUCUGUGAAUUUGAUUCUUUAAUAUUAGAGUUUGCAAAGAAAAUCUAAAUAUGUAGCAUCAUCUGACUUUGACUGUGUUAGGUCAUUUCCAAAAAAAUCUGUGGUAGUCACAAACCACUUUUUAAAACUUUUGUAGUGCCAGCAAAAGCUUAAUUCAGAUAAACGAUAACCAUUUCUACCUUUAUGCCCUAAUCCAGCAAAUGCUUUGUCUGCAUAAGUUUUUACAUACCUUUAUCCCUGAAAAGCCAUUCUUCCCUUAAAGUCACACUUGGUCCUGCAGUACUUGGGUGAAAAGAGAUAGUCUUGAUUUUCACACACAUAGGCUAACACUAGAUGUCACCAGAUGAACUGGCGGAGGAAGCGCACCGCCCCCAGCAGCGUGAUUCCAGUGGGGUGCCACCAUGGCUGCCUCCCCCCCCACCUGCGCCCUGAGGGCAGCACACCCCGCCCCCCAGUGCCAGAGCAUGAAGCUCCUCCACUGACCAGAUGUGACUGACAUACAUAUGAAACCAAAGCACAUGCAGAUUUACAUGUGCAUUUGACUAGCCCAUGAUCUUCCUUUACUAUCCUUACCCAAUGGAAAUGUCUCUCUAGCUGCUACUACCACAAAUUAUUUAAUGCUUGUGUUCAACACUUUCUAGAUCAAUACUGUUGAUACUUUCAAAGGUUUCGUGAACUUCCCCAUAAAAGUAGUUUUGAGCACACCCACCUCUCCCAGUGUUUAUAGGGAUUAUUUUGCUUACAUUAAACCGAUUUUCAACCGAAGUAUUACUAGAACGUUAUUGAUCAUUACUUCUGUAUUUUACCUACUCAUUACAUUAAAUAUUGGAGUUACUCCUUCAUUCAGGUAGGCAAGGGAAGGAAAUAUUCACUUGUUUGAAUGUGAGCAGGCAGCAAUUCUGCAACACCCAAGAAAGUAAAUUUAUUCAUUUUAUUUCUUUCUCCUAAUUUAUACAAAGGCAUUCAAGAACUAGUUUCAUUGUUUUUAUAUGCGCUGAAAUAUUUCACUAGCAAAACUGAUGUAAAAAAAUUGCCAAACAGAUUUACAAGAGAAAUAUAUUUUCAAAAUGGCUAUGGUAGUGUUUAUUCUAAGAUUAGAUUACCCUUGCUAGGUAACGGUACAAAAUGAAGUCAAAAUGAUAACAUAUAAAUGCCUUAGUGCUCUAUAUAAAAAUCAAUUUAUUUGGCUUUGUAUUUAAGGUACAAUGAUGCAGCUGUGUGUUAGAGUAUUUAAGUAGUAAUUUUCAAUUAUUUUGUAAACUGGGCCAACAAAAUCACCUCUUAAGUUUGAUAUCCUGUGAAAGUGUUAUUUUCAAAUAUUCUUAUUGUCUUGAAAUUAGAGUCUCUUCUAUAUUGAGAACAUUUGGUUUCUAAUUUAAAGAUUAUUUUCAUAGAUAUUGUGCAAUAAAGCUAUAUAGUACGAUGUGUUUUAAAAAUGCUUUAAGUGAAAUUCUACAUUUGUAAAAUUAUUUAUUGUUCUGGUAUAAAAAUGGUUUUAAAUUAUAUGUAUAAAAUUAAUCUUGUGUGCUAUUUCGUACUUUGCAUAUAAAAAACCCCUGAAAUAUU